UUUAAAAGGACGCCCUUUAUUUAAAAAACUGCCAUUGCAUUUUUUUUAAACAAUUUCCUAUAGUUUUCUGAUCAUUAAUUAAACUUUUAAUCAUAUGUUUAAAAAGAAUUAGAAAAAAUAUUAAUUUUAGGGUUAUAUGGGUUAAAAACGGUAAAAGAUGUGGUGGACGAAAAAAUUAUUUUUGGUGGUCUGGUAUUGAUACCACAAUUAGCAAUGAUGUAACCGGCAAUUGGCAAGGGAACUUCUGUAUUUUGAGCAACGUAACAUGCCCAGCCCAACGCCAACACCAAUUUCGCGAAGAAAACUUGCGGCGUCGAAAAGGCCUCGGGCUGUAAUUGAAUUGAGCGACGACGAUGACGAUAUGAUGCGCGUUAGUAAGAGAGAUAACGCUUUUUCUUUUUUCAACUUCUUCAAUGUUAUUACGAAAAAAUAUAUUUUUAGUAAAACCGCAAAACCAGCAACCUGAAGCUAUUAAGUCGACUACAACAUUGCAAAGAGGCGGUGGAGCCGAGGAAGUACCAAACUAUCAAAAUCCUCAACCGUCGACAUCACGACAAAACGAUGUAUUCAAUGACAAUGAGUUAGCUGAAUUAUUCAGAAUACUGGAUGAGUCAAUAGCAUUGCAAAAUGGUGAAGGCGGUGCUGGAGACGGUGGAGAAUUACUCCAAAUUGUGAGAAAUAACCAGGCAGUAGUAACGACUCCUCAACAAAACGAAAUGUGUUGAAGUGUUGGCCUACGUUGGUCAAAGUUGUAUGGGAGACGACAUGGGUCGGCGUUAUGAUUGAAAACGAAGAGUUUCCUGACAAACCCAUUGGCAUCAGGUUCAGGAAGUACAACGGUGGAAAUUUCGAGCAUAUUGAUUUAUUUCAAAAAUAUUUAAACCAGUAUACGAUCGUUGUAUAUAAUAGUCGAGACGAACGUUAAAAGUUGCCUACUUACAAUUUAAUUUUUGCUUUGUAUCUAACAAUUAAGAACAGUUAACAAAAAUCUAAAAUAUCUCAAG